AUGAUGUCCAGGAGCCAGUCGAGUCUGGGCUUCCUAGAUGCAGGUCAAGAACCCGCCCCAACAGGCGGUGCCUCGCCGUCGUUCAAUCAACAACCCUCGUCAGGACCAAUCAACCUAUCUGGAUUGGUGUGCAAUGUGCGCCGAACCACCGGCACGGAGCCUCACCCCCUGGUCGGGGCUACCACAACAAUUUUGGGCGACAAACUAUACGUUUUCGGAGGCCGGAUCCUCUCGCGGAGUCGUCCUAAGUUAACCGCAGACCUAUAUGAAUUGGAUCUGAUCCGGCGGCACUGGACCAAGAUUGAAGCGACAGGAGACAUUCCUCCGCCACGUUACUUCCACAGUGUAUGUGCUCUCGGAGAUAACAAAUUGGUUGCCUAUGGUGGCAUGUCGCCAGCUCCCAGUGCCUCCAAAGAUCCUUCAAACCCCAGUGCGUCUGGAUCGGAGACUCAGGCAGAGGUCGUGGUCAUGUCGGAUAUUCACAUUUUCGAUGUCCCAUCGCGCGCAUGGACUCGGGUUGCGUCGCACGACUCACCGCAAGGACGAUAUGCUCAUUGUGCCACGAUUCUCCCGUCAAGUGCCAGUUUCACUUCUGCGCGUGCGCCGCUGUCGGCUAUCCAUAAUAACCCUGAAUCCUCCACACCCCACCAAGGCUCAAUCGGGGUGGACAUUGAUGGCUUUGGUGGCGCUGAAAUGGUAGUUGUUGGUGGCCAAGACAGCUCCAACCACUACAUUGAGCAAACUAGCGUUUUCAACCUUCGCAGUCUCAAAUGGACCAAUACUAGUCCUCUCGGUCGCAGCUGCGGUGCCUAUCGUAGUGUCGUCGCACCCCUGGUGGGCAUGGACGUCUCCGAGAUUGGAUCUACUGCCCCUGAGCAAGACACACAAGAGCCGAUCGAGGAAGCGGAGUCGCCAGGAUGCCCCAUGCUAAUUUAUUCAAAUUAUAACUUCCUCGAUGUUAAGCUGGAGCUGCAGGUGCGCCUGCCGGACGGGCGUCUUGUUGAACGACCGAUGCAGAGCCAAGCAUCUCCACCUGGGCUGCGUUUCCCCAAUGGUGGUAUUAUUAAUGGCCAUUUUGUUGUCAGUGGUACUUACUUGACUUCCUCGAAACAAGAAUACGCUCUAUGGGCUCUUGACUUGAAGACCCUAACUUGGGGUCGUAUUGACGCCGGUGGGUCCGUGUUUGGUCAUGGUAGCUGGAAUCGUGGUAUUCUUUGGCCACGUCGCAGCUCGUUUGUGAUCCUUGGACACCGCAAGCGUAGCCUGGUUGAUGAUUACAAUCACCGGCGGAUCAACUUCUCACAUAUCUGUUUGGUUGAACUGGAGGCCUUUGGUCUUUACAACAACCCCUCUCGUACAUCUUCAACAUCAGGAUACAAGUCGUAUAGCUCACCUUCAGUCCCUGCAUCUCUGCAACAGAAGCUAGCCCAAUUGACGACUGGUGGACGGCCGCUAUCAGCCGCAUCGGAUGAGCUGGGGAAACUGGCGCUUUCGUUGCACGAGAUGUCUGACAUGGAGUUACAGGCUGUUGGCGGAGAGCGCAUUCCCGUGAACUCUCGUGUCCUGGCCCGACGCUGGGGACCUUAUUUCAUCCAGCUUCUGCGCGAAUCGUCCGAAGGCGGAAUUGCGGACGGCGGAACUCUUCGCCCUGUCCAGAUCCACCCAAGUCGCAACUCCAGCAUCACCAUUACCCCGUCUAUUGGCCACAAUAGUCUUUAUUCUAAUGCAACGACUUUGGUCAACCCCUCUGCCCCCUCUAAGGCUCUCCUUGAGAACUUGGAAGCUCCCUCUGCACAUGGGCUUGCCCCGACUGCCCGACCCCGUGUGCUAUAUCUCCCCCACACCAUCCUUACACUCCAAGUCCUCGUUCAGUAUCUAUACACAUCCGCUCUUCCUCCUCCAGGCUCUUCCUUGUGCACACCGCAGAUCCUCUGUUCCCUCCUCCAGCUCGCACGACCCUACCAGAUAGAUGGUCUCCUAGAAGCUACCGUGGAAAGACUGCACCAAGUCCUCGAUGGCCGCAAUGCCGCGGCAGUAUUCAACGCAGCGGCUAUGGCAGCAGGAGGCGGAAGAGGUACUGGCUUCACCGGUGGCCUAGGCGGCACGCUAGAAGCCCUCAAUGGCUCACAUGGUAAUGGCUCCAUGCACGAUGUUUCCGAGGGCACAAAUUCCCACCACAGUGGCCUAAUGGCUUCUGACUCAUCCGACACAGAGCAUGGCGCCAUGCCUCCCUCCGCUGCCAGCAGCACGGGCGAUCUCACCAACUACACGCGCGGCAUCCCAUCACUGCGCAUCGACACCAACAUCCGUGGCCGGCAGCACCGCAGCGCUCACCGCGAGCGUGAAGACUCCAUCAGUACCGCAAGCACCGCUACAUCAGCGUCCAGCUUCGGUCAGUCUGACUCAGAGUUUGUCAGCGAUACUGAAAGCCGCUCGCAGUCCCGCGCUCACCAGCGCCGUGGCACGGAUGCUAGCCGCCCAUCCCGCGAAAUCUGGACCGGCGACCUGUCCAGUGUCAUCGGUCUGCAGAAACGUGGUCUGCGUGGUCUAAUGGAGGGUCGUCGUAUGCGUGAGCGAAGUGUGAAGCCCCCCAGCGUGAGCAGCGGCUUAGCUUCUGUGCCUCCAUCGACAGGCUCAGGAGAGCACCAGUUCCAUAUGCCGGGUGUGGCCGGCUAA